CCACCACCACCUCCACCACCUCCCACCGCCACCAACCACCCCCAACCCCGUGCGUGCGUGGGCUGUCCGAGAGUUUAAAACGCUGCGCCAGAUUUGGCGUUGCUCACUUCGAGAGGGAGAGAGUGGAAGAAGGAGGAGGAGGAGAAGGAAGAAGAGCAAGGGAGAAAGGAGUGAGAGGCAACAGACGCUGCCAACGGGCAGCAGGGGCGCAACAUGGCACGGUUAUCGCCGUUCCACGUGGCCCUUCUGCUGGUGUUGGCCACAGCAACUGCACAAUACGCGGAAGAUGACUCUUCCGAAGAGGCGACGUCAACAGACUGCCCGAAGGAGGCAGCGCGCUUCAGGCCACUCCGCAAGUACACCUACAGCUACGAGGCCGAGGUGGGCAGCGGCGUGGAGGGAGCGGCGCCCAACCGAGCCGGAUUCCGCAUUCAAUGCAAGGUCGAACUGGAGGUCCCGGAACGCUGCGCCUUCGUGCUGCGCGUGAAAGACUGCGCGCUGCACGAAGCCACGUCCACGGGACCCAACGGACAGCCGAAAUACAGCCAGAUCCGCGGGAGCGAGCUGCAGCAGAGCCUGAGCCGAUUCGAGCUGGGAUUCCGCACCUCCUACGGCUCCGUGGCGAUGCUCUUCCCGCACAGCGACGAGCCCGAGGCAGUGCUCAACGUCAAGAGGGGAAUCAUCGCGGCGCUGAUGCCACCCCCUACGGGGGAAGGAGACCGCGACACGCGCGAUCUGCCGAGCGUGCACGGCGGGUGCCCCACGGAGGUGACGGUGACCGCCCGCAAGGGCAUUGUCCCGUCCGAGGUGACCCUGACCCGCGACCUGCGCUCGUGCGACUCGCCCGUGGGCAAGGGCGCCAUCGCGAGCCCACUCGCCCUCGUCUCGGGCCUGACCACGUUCGCCACAUCGCUCUUCGCCUCGACGCAAGAAUGCGCCUACAGCCUGGACAGCCGUCGCAAGGCGGUCAGCGAAGUGACCUGCACGGAGCGCCACAUGUUCCUGCCCUUCUCCAGCAGGGGUAAAAGCGGAGCGGUCUCCACCGUGAAGCAGACGCUGAAGAUGACCGAACAGGCCAAGUCCAACAUUCGCAACUUUGACGUCAACGAGAAGAACGGGCGCGGGCUGACGUACGAGCCCCAGGCGACAGAUGCCGCUGGGGAGGAUCCGCAGCGCGUGCUGAGCACGCUGGCCGAGAUGGUGGAGCUGGGCUCCGGCGCCGACAACAAGCGCCAGGCGGAGCUGUUCGCCAGCCUCCUGGCCGGCCUGCGGGCGCUGUCCAACGGGACGCUCUUCGAAAUCCUUCCACGCCUGCUCGAGUCGUCCAGCUCCAUCACCCUGCAGUCGCUGCCCCAGUGUGGCACGGCGCCGUGCUACAGCGCGCUGCUGCAGCUGCUCCGCUCCAAACGCGUUCCGCCGGCGCUCUCCGGCGUCGUGGCCUACGCCCUGGGCUUCCACCCGGCGCCCUGCACCAUGGUGGUCCGGGACACGCUCACGCUCGCGCAGGCGGCGCCGACGCGCGCCAGCAUGCUCGCACUCAGCAUGGUCGUGCACAGGCACUUCACAACACACAAGCAGGUUGGGCCGGAGCUGCAAGACGUGGCCGCCUUCAUGCGGUCGCAGCUGGGAGCCGACUGUUCCGGCGACGAAGACAAGACUUACCUGGCGCUCAAGGCUGCUGGCAACAUGGGCGGUGCCCUCCAGGCGGCGGACGGCGCUGUGGUGGACACCCUGGCAGCGUGCGUGGGGAACACGCAGCUGCCGCUGCCGGUCCAGAUCGCCGCCAUCCAGGCGUUGCGCCGGACCCAGCUCACCGAAGGGACUCGCACGGCUCUGCUGGACGCCUACCGCAACUCGCGGUCGCCGGUGCAGCGCCGCAUCGCCGCCUACCUGGCCCUGAUGUCGCAGCCGGAGCCGGAGCUGCUGUGGGACGUGCUGAACACGCUGCCGCGGGAGGAGAACAAGCAGCUGCGCAGCUACGUGGUGUCGCACGUUGAGGCCCUGCGCACCAGCAAGGGCCCGACCGCCUCCGCGCUGCGCAAGAAGCUGGAGCAGGUGAUAUCCGGGAUGGAGCUGCCGGCGUCGUACGCCUACAGCUCGCUCAAGUACUCGCGCAGGAUGUCGGCGUCGCGCGUCGUCAGGCUGCCCGGUGCGGAGCAUCCCGUGACCGGCACCGUGCAGCUCGACGUCAUCCUGGAGCCGAGCGGGUUCCUGCCGCGCUCCGUCGUGCUCGAGACGUCGCUGGACGUGCUGGGAGAGUCGCUCGACGUGUUCGAGAUCGGCGUGGAGGGCCAGGGCUUCGAGGCUCCGCUGGAGGCCCUCUUCGGGCCCAAGGGCUUCUUCCCGAACAGCGCAAUGAGCGCCGCCUUCUGGGUGGACGGCAAACUUCCCGAGCAGCUGGCGGCCGUCCUGCGCAAGUGGACGGGAGUCAACCCCGACCAGCGCAAGCAGAACAUCGACCUGCCCAAGGAGAUGUUGGGCACCAUGCAGAAGCUCAUGCAGGAGGUGAACCUCCAGAAGCUGCCCAUGGAGGCGUCGGCGUUCCUGCGCGUCAUGGGCACGGAGCUCGGCUACGUGCGGCACAGCGACAUCAAGAUGCUCAUCGGCUUCGCCACCAUGGCCGGCCGCGGGCUCCAGGCCCUGCCCAAGCAGAUCCUGAGCGCGCUGGCGGGCGGCGUGGAGGCCGACCUGUUCGUGCACUACGUGUUCAUGGACAACGACGUGACGGUGCCCACGGGCGCCGGCCUGCCCCUCCGCCUCGCCAGCACCGGAAGCCUGGUCGCCGGCGCCAAAGUCAAGGCCUCGAUGCGCCCCGGAGAGGCGAGGCGAGCCUCCGCCGCCCCGUCGCUCUCGCUGGAGGUGGUGUCCUCCAUGGAGGUGCUGCUGCCCGGCGGCGUGGCGCGCGCCGGCCUGCACUCGGCCACCAGCCUCUACCACGAGUCGGCGCUCGGCGUGGCAGUGCAGGCCACGGGCGGGGAGCUCCGCGUGACGCUCACGCCGCCGCAGAAGACCAACCGCCUCCUGAGCGUCGGGAACCAGCUGAGGCUGCUGCACCGACAGAGGGUGGAGACACUGCCGAGCAUCGAGGAGAACCGCGAGCAGUGGCAGUCGUGCCGGCCGCUCGUGUUCGGCGUGUCGCUGUGCCAGAGCGGUGCCUACUCCAACGCCAGCUACAUCGAGGCUGCGCCCUGGUUCCCGCUCACCGGCGCCACCAGGUUUGAGAUCUCGACAGAGCCCGCGGACGGUGUGACUGAGUACUCCGCCAUCGCUGAGAUCUACUCGCGGGCCGGACAAGAGAACCUGCAGUUCAAGGUGCAGGCCACAGGCACGGGAGAGACGAAGGAGCUUGGGAGCAUCCUGAUGCUCGACCGUGACCGCCACCGCAUCCAAUGGGACCUGGACCUGCCGAGCUGCCCCGGCUGCCUCAGGGUGGAAGUGGGCGUCGACGACGAGUCGGACGCCCGCCUCAACCAGGGUGGUUACGCGGCCUCCUUCAACGUGAGCUACCAGGAGCAGCGGGAGGCCUUCCUGCUCGCUCGGAUCAGGCAGACGGUGACGGACGCUCGCAGCCUGCUCUUGCAGUACUCCGCCGGGGUGCCGCGCCUCGACCUCCAUGGCAACUAUGUGGCGAGGGCGCUCCUCGGCCAGGACGACCGCAUCGUCGUCAACGCCGAGAUGACAGGAUCAGGCCCUUUCUCCUCCGCCUCUUACGGAAGCGAGGUGGUCUACGACCUCGACAAGGUGCAGGCCCAGUGGAGCGCGGAGGCAUCGUCGGACCCGAAGGGCGCCUUGGAGGCCCUGCGCGAUGGCCUGGCACGCAUCGACGUGCCGUCCCCCGAUGAGUACCGCCUGCAGCUGCAGAGGGCGCUCAACGCCAUGCUGGAGGGCCGCGUGGCGCAGACCGAUAUGACGCUGCGGCACAUUGUCGUCAAGGGCCUCGAGGCCAUGGACCUGUGGAUAAAGAAGUCGACAAACAACGGCAACUGGAACCUCUCGCAGCUGCAGCGGCUGCAGACGCAGCUGUCACGGGGCCAGGAGAUCACUAUCCCCUCGCUCAGCGAGUUCAUCAACAUCGAAAUGCCCCACAGGACCUUCGUGUCGAGCGCCGUAACCGUGGGCUACCAAUUCAACAAGCGGUCGUGGACGCUGCAGAUCCCGGUGCCCAUGGGUGGGCGCGUGACCGAGCCAGUGCGGCUGCUGCCUCGCACGCUCCGCACGCCGGCGCUGAGCAUCGCUCCUCUCGGCAUCAACGUGGCGCCACGGCAGUUCACCAUGCAGCCCGUCCACCUGCCCGGCCUAGGCAUGGUCGACUCCAUCCCGGCCUUCAAGGUCCCCGAGCGUGUCACACUCAAGGUGCCGCUGUUCGGCGAGCUGAGCAUCGAUGCCAAGGUGAAGAGCAAUGUGUACAACUGGACGGCGAGUGCGCACGUCGCCAACAUCGUGGGCGACGAGGAGGACCCCUCCGAGAUCCGGGUGCGCUCCGGCGUAACGGCCGUGUGCCCCUGCGACAUGCUGUCGUACGUCUUCAACGGCUACACGGCACUGUCACACAAGCACUGGAGCACGUUUGAGAUCCGCACGGACAACACCAUCACCAGCCAGCUGCUGAACCUGACCACCAGCUACAAGAGCACCGCGGACGUGAGCGAGGGCCUGAACGUCAAGACCGAGUUCACCAACCGCGUCGCCACCGGCCUGCUGACCACCACCGCCAACGUCGUCGCCUCCGCGACGGGCGAUGCCACCCAGUCGUCCUUCGCCGGCGAGCUGGCCGCCAGCGCCGAACUGCCUAGGGGCAUCCGCGCCAAGGUGGCAUCGUCGUCGUCGGGCACCGUCAACUUCCGGACACGCAACCACAUGCUCAAUGGCGAGCUCCGUGUCGACUCUGACUUCCACUCGCUGGCGGCGACCUGGCGGAGCGACAACGACGGGUCGCGCUACUCGAUGGUGGCGUCGAACGAUCUGACCGUCGGUGCGGGCCUCGUGUCACGCAACCGCAUUGAGCUGCAAUCGGGGCUGCGCACAGACAACCUGGCCGUGCGCACGGAACUGGCCUUCCGUGAGGAGAACGUCACCAACGUGCUGAGCGUGAUGUGGGACGGCCGCUUGUUCCGUAUGCAGGACACGCUCCAGGGCCGCCUGCUGGGCUCCUCCUUUACACACGCAUCCACCUUUGAUGCGGGCGAGGAACGGGCAUCGUUCUCCGGGCAGACGGACGGGCUUUUCGGCGGCGUAGGCGUGACGAGCAAGCUGAACGCCGCGUAUGCCACCGGCGCCCUCAGACUCAGCGCGGAGAACAGGGCCGAGUGCGCGCGCGGACGCUUCGACCACAUGCUCACGGCCGGCGUGACGGCCGAGGGCCUGGAAGUGUCGGUGGAGACGAACCUCGCGGGCGCGCCCGGCCGCGCCGCCUACAAGGCAUCGCUCGUCGUGGACGCGGCCGGCGCCGGGGGCAGCGCCAACGCCGCGGUAACGUACGGCCGUGUCGUGCUGGAGACCUCUGCGGAGGGCAGCGCCCGUGCGUCGGGCCUCAAGGUCACCGCGAACACAGUGGGACGGGCGGAGGGCAGCAAGGUGCAGCACAACGCAGAGGGGAGGCUCGACGGAGGCGGCCUGGCCCUCGUCAGCGCCUACUCUGGGCAGAUACUGGAGACGGACUCGAGCAGCACGGUCAACUUCGAGCUGAACAGGGCAGGCCUGAGCUUCGUCACCAAGACCGUGGCCUCCUACGCCGAGAACAAGGUCGACCACGGCUGUAACCUCAAGGUCGCACCGUGGUCCGUCGACUUCACCGCCGCCGACGAGGUAAAGGUCCUCGGCGCCUCCUUCUCCAACCAGUUGGCGGCCAAGGCCGGCUUCCUCACUGCGUCGGUGAGCGGUUCCGCGUCCGGCGACUUCCUUGGCAAUGAGGUGCGGCACACAUACAAGCUGGGCUACGCCGACCUGGCCGGCUCGGCCUCCUUCGACACCGUCGCGAACCUCAAUGGCGGCAAGCUGCAGAACCAGCUCAGUCUGGAGUUCGCCGGGCUCGCUGGCAAGGUGGGCGCGACCACGACGUGCGAAACGCCGGCGCUCAAGUUCUCGAACGUGGCGCGCGGGGCGGCGCUGCCGUACUCGCUCAGCCUCGAGGUCAUCACCGACUCCCAGGGCAGCCUCAGCGCCUACGGCGAGCACAUGGGCAGCCUGUCCAACAAGUUCUUCUUGCAGGCCGAGCCGCUCGCGCUGGUGCUCUCCAACGAGUACCGUGGGUCGACGCAGCAUGACGUCGCGGGCGGCAGCCACGCAUCGGCGCUGCGCCACAAGCUGGGCGCGCAGGUGAACCCGACGGAGCAGAGUGUCGGCUGGGAGCUGACGGCCGAGCUUAACGACAACCGGUACGUGCAGAAGCUGGAGGCGCAGAACGACCCGCUCAGCGUGGGCGCCAAGCUCAGCGCGCAGUCGACGGUCAACCUGGGCUUCCUCGACGUCAACUUCCAGACGCCUGCGCUGACGCUGCCAUUCCUCAACGUCGCGCGGCCCGUCCGAAGCUACAACGUCAUCUCCAGCCUCGGCCUGGACCGCGCUGUCGUCAGCAGCCCACAGGACUUCAGCGUGCAGGCGUCAGUGAGCUACGACAAGAACCAGGAUGUCCACGUCAUCAGCAUCCCGUUCGUGGAGAGCCUGCCCGCACUCUACGCGCAGCUGCGCCAUUACAUCCGCUCCGUCCUGGACAACAUGAGGUACUCACUGACGCGUCAGGAGAUCCAGCGUUACUACCAGCAGUAUCAGAGGGUGCUGGAUGAGAUGCCGGGCAAGAUUAACAAUGCCAUUGACCAGCUGGAACUGAAGAACAAGGUGAAGCAUGUGCAGGGGCAGCUCCUGCUGGCCCUCCAGAACUACGACCCCCGUGACCUUUCCGCCCAAGAACUGAUGGAAAACUUCCGUCACUUCUCAAAAAACGUGGCAUCCUGGGUCAAGAGAGUGCUCUUCUACCCACUGUCCGCACUCGACAGCGACAAAGUGAAGGAAAGCGUCCAGUUGUACAUCGAGCAGGCAGUACGGAGGGCUAAGGAGUUCGAUCGCGAGUACGGGUUCACGGACACCCUGAUGAAGGCCAUCGAGCAGCUGAUGGACAACGUCAGGAACAUGGACCUCUCCGAACUGACGAGCGGAAACAGAUACGUGCAGGAAAAGGUGAUCCAGGCUCUCGAUGACCUCAAGCAGUGGCUGCAGCGGUUCGACGUCGAUCGGGUGGCACGGCAGAUCCAGGAGGCGAUCAGAUCAGUCGACGUGCGUGAAGUCCUAGGCCGAAUGGAGCAAGUGAUCUUCGUGGAGAUGCAGAAAAUUAUGGAGAAGAUCGCCAGCUACCUGGAGAACUUCAUGACCACGUACAGGGUGCGGGAGAUGGUGCAGAAUGGCAAGAAGAAUUUGAUGCAGUUUGUCGAGAACUACGAGGUUUCUGAGAAUCUGAACAUCAUCAGGGACACUCUGGUGGGGCUAGAUUUAGAAUAUCAGUUUAGUGCGAAGGCCCAGAGGAUGAUGCGUGACAUGAAGGCCAUCGAUUUGAAGGGCUACCUCGAGAAGCUGAGCCAGGCGGUCAACAGCAUCAGCCAGAAGCUCAUGUCCAUGGACUACCCGGCUUUCAUCAAGAGUCUCAACGAGCUCCUGAAGGUUGCCCUGGAGCAUGUCGAGAACUUUGACUAUAACCAGUUCGUGGUCACGGCCAACUUAUGGCUUCAGGAGCAGACGGCGAUGGUGAACAACAAACUCCAGGAGUUCAACAUCCCCGAGAGGGUGCAGCAACUGAGAGAGCGAGUGAACACGGUGUCCUUGAACCUCUUCAGCUACAUGCAAUCGUUCUCCAUGCGUGACGUGGAGGCCUAUGUCUCUGACUGGGUCUCGGCGCUCUUCGAGAUACCCGCUGUUCGCCAGGUGGCCAACCGGGUCCUGGAGUACGUCGAGUACAUCCGUCUUAGGAUGGAGGAGACCGACAUCCAAGCUGAGAUGCAGAAGUUCUGGAAGGGAGCCACCGCCUCCAUCUCGGACGUCGCCCGCUCCGUCGCCGAGUUCGACAUCAAUGCGGCGGUGACAGAUGCGGUCGAGCAGCUCAACGCCAUGGCCGCGAGCCUCGACAUCCAGGAGGUCAUCCAGAAAAUCCUCCGCUACCUCGAGGAAGGCGUCAUCAUCCCACGGUUCAAGCUCUUUGGACAUGUGUUCCACAGGACCGAAGUAAGCCUCAGGGCCCUGCGCAGGAUGCAGAUCUCGACAUAUAUCUACACGCCGCCGCUCAUCGUGCCAUUCACCAGCCUUUACCUCCCACCGGACCUCGUCGACCUGAAGACGCUGUCUUCCAUCGAGAUGCCGACUCGCAUCUCCUUACCGGCCUUCACCUUCCUGGGCAAGUUCCAUGUUGAGCCGAUCACCAUCGACUUUCAGAAGAUCAAGCAGCAAAUCAUCGAGUUCCUCGACAAAAUCCGCAACAUGGACAUGGCCACGGUCCACAGGGCAAUCCAGGACUCCACAGCACAGAUGGGAGAACUGACGCUCAAUGACAUCCCCUUCGAGAAGUACCUGGUGGUACCAGAAUUCCGUUUCCCUGAAAUCCGUAUGCCAGAGUUUAACUUGCCCCAGCUGAACCUGGACGACGUCAAGUUCAUCAAGAUGCCCGAGUUCCAGCUGCCGCGCAUCCCUCACGAAACGCGGCUGCCAGCGCUGGGCAAGCUGAACGCCAACCUCAAGGUGAUGUCGCCAUUCUACACGCUCACGGCGACCGCGGGACUCCACAACUCCACAGAAGUGUACGGCUCGCCGGCCCUGCGCUCGUUCGCCAACGCGCAGGCUACAUCCAUGUCGAGCCUCCUUGCGUUCGCCGUGAGCACGGAGGCACGGCUCUCUGCACCGCGGCUCCAGCGGCUGGAGCUGAGCGCCAACGCCAAGCUGACGCAUGACCUCUGCGGCCUGACGCACAGCUCGGACGUGACCGUCGACCGCUCGGGAGCGACGGCCCAGUUCAACACGCAGGCGUCGGCUAAGUCGGCGCCCUACACCGGCGAGGCGAGCUCCGCGGUGACCUUCACGCUGAACCGCGCCGUCACCUGGGAGGCGACGGGCAGCUACCGCCAUGUCCUGGACGUGCCCGCGGCGGGCACCGCCGGCUCGAUGAAUGUGCGGAGCACGGCGAAGCUCAUAGCGCAGGGGGCGAAGCUGGAGGCGGACGUGGUGACGACGGGCGAGGCGCAGGGCAUGGUGUAUGGCACAUCCCACGAGGGCAUGCACAAGACAGAGGCGCGGCUGCGCGUCGAUGGCGCGGUGCUACUGCUCUCCGGCAAGGUGGACUCGGUGGAAAAGUUUGGCUCGCUCAAGCACGAGGCGACCCUCGAGGUGGCGCCAUUCGACCGCGUGGUGUACGCACACAGCGGCGACACUGCACUGACUGGCCUGGGGCGUGGCAGCGUGCAGGUGAACGCCAAGGUGCAGGGCCUGCGGGUCGACGUGACCGUCCGCCACUCGGCCGUGGGCACCAAGCUGACAUCCGGCAAGAUGACGAGCGCGACGACGUUCCAUGCUGAGCCAUUCCAGCUGCUGCUCACCUCCAAUACGUUGGGCGGUGGGAAGCUGCAGCUGCCGCUGCGCCUCUCCGCUAAGGUCGAGGUGGUCAACAACUUCACGGUGUCGCUGGCACCGAACGCGCAGCACGCUGACUGGACUUUCGGCGGCGACUUCAACCAGUACCGCUACCUCCACGAUGUGUCGGUGGACAACAACGCUGAGCGCGCAGGGGCACGCAUCUCCAUGAGUGGCAAUGCCAACCUGGAGUUCCUCCGCAAAGAGGUGAGCCUCCCGUCCGUCCUCCUGCCGUACACCAACUACCGCACGCCCGAGGUGCGCGACUUCCGGAUCUGGGAGCACACAGGCCUGGGGGCGCUGCUUAGGACGCCGCAGCAAACGCUUAAUGUGACUGCGCAGCUGCAGUACGCCAAGAACAAGGAGUGGCAUGCGGUGCGCCUGCCGGUCGUGCCAGCGCUUCACUAUGCCGCCGAGCGCUACCGCCACGUUGCCAACGCGGCAUUUGAGCGCUACCGCGACGCGACGCUGCAAUGGGCACGCGAAGCCUACGAUGACACGCGCGCGAUGGGCGCCGACAACCUGCCGAAGCGGUUCACCGUGCCAGGCUUCACCGUGCCACUGCUCAACAUGGAGGUGUCACCUUACACGGUGGAGCUCCCGGACACGAGCAUCCUGGUCGCGCAGUCAUACCGCACCCCGCGUGUCUACCUGCCUCUCGUCGGCUACCGCGUGCCAUCCUUCGAGCUGUCGCUGCCCAGGGUGAACCUACCUCCGAUGAAGAUCCCCGGGGCACUACGCCGGCUAUCCCUACCGGAGAUCAGCCUGCGCGCGCUGCCGACGGCGCUGUACCUGCCGGCAAUGGGCAACCUGACGUACGACUUCACCUUCAGGUGCUCUGCCAUCGCCGUCGCCAUCAACUCAGGCGUGUACAACCAGAGCGACAUCGUCGGCAAGCUGUCGGCAUCGUCCGCGUCGGAGCACACCAUCCUGAACGGCGAGCUGAGCGCCGCGGCGACGCUGUCGCGUAAGCGCGGCGUCAAGCUAUCGACGGCACUCGCGCUCUCCCACCGCGCGGCACAGGUGUCCCACAGCGGCGUCGCCGUGGUGAAUAAGCGCGUCGGCGAGCUCACAUCUGACACAACGGUGAAGGUGGACAUGCCGUACCUGCGCGUCGACUUCAAGCAGGCGGUGAAUGCUAGCACGAGGCUGCGGCCACAUGUGCGCGUGCGCCACGUGCUCUCCUACAAGGUGACGGCGCUCGAGCUGGAGGCGGACCUGAGUGGCAGGCUGGAGCACAAUGGCACGGCGGAGGUGGCGUGGCCCAGCCUCUCGCUCGACUCGAACUUUGCCGGCGCGACGCAGUUCAAGCAGAGCUCGUCAGCGAACGCCUUCUCCUGCAAGUUGGACAACAUGGCCAACCUGUACAUGGACCAGCGCGGCGUGCGCUCAGCCCUGCGCAACGAGGCGCAGAGCAAGGCGUCGCACGCCUCGGGACUCGCGUGGGACAUCAACGGCAAGCAGGAAGCUGACCUGGAGAUGUCGCCGCUGCGGCUCUACGCCAUCGCUAAGCACAUGGGGCGCAACCAGCUGCGCGGCGCCGGCGUCUUCAGCACGCAGGGAACGCAGAGCACCGAGGCGCGUCUCGAGUUCGUGCAGUGGGAGCUCAAGGGCCUCGCCAAGGGCGAGGCAAGCCAGGGCAGCAGCCUGACGCCCAAGGCCGCCUCCAAGCAGUCCCUGAGCCUGGCCGUGAGCACAGAGAAGCAGCAGCUGGCGUGGACGGGCGAGGCACAGCUGGGCAGCGUCGCAUACGCACACGAGGCGGCGCUCUCCAAUGAGCGUGCACGCGCACGCUGCAGCGUCGACGUGUCACUGCAGGGCCACGCCGCCUUUCUCAAGGGUGUCGUGCUGCCCGUGUACGGCCGCAGCCUGUGGGAUGUGCUCAAGAUGGACGUGACGACAAAGGCCCGUGACGUGCAGGUGCUCCGGGCCGCCUCGUCGGUGGAGUACACCAAGAACCCCAACGGCUACGUGCUGGCACUGCCUGUGAUGUCCGAGGGCAACGGCUACAGGGUCAGCAUCCCGGAGAUUCGCCUGAGGGUGCCCGAGUUCGUAAAGCAGAUCCCGGCGGCCAUCCAGGCGAUGCUGAGGGACGUGUUCGACAGUGAAGUCGUCGGACCGCCCAUGCCCAUCAACAUCCCGGCGUUCCGCGUGCCGUUCAUCGAGAUGUCACUUGGGCCAUACACGAUCGACCUCGACAACCUGGCGGCGCUGUUCGACUUCCCCGAGGAAUUCACGGUGCCCGCAUUCCGCGUGCCUCUCUUUGACGUGUAUGUUCCCGCGUACACGGUGCGCCUGUGGGACAUCACCUUGCCCACUGUGUUCAUGACACAGUCAUUCCGAGUGCCAUUCACUAGCAUCGUGGUAUCACCGUACAUAAUUGACCUGCGCAACAUCCAGGUGCCGAAGAUGCUCCGAGUGCCCUCCUUUGCGUUCGAAUUACCCGCGCUGCCCAAAAUACCGAUGCCCCAGCUGGACGUGACUCUCGAGUACGUGACCAUGGCGGAGGACUACACGGUGCCCUUCUUCCAGCUCAUCGUGCCCGCCUUCCGUGUGGAAGUCCCGAGCUUCACGUUGCCCAAGGAGCUCAACAUCCCAGCCUUCUCGUUCCUCGGCCUGGACUCCCCACGCUACGUGCUCAGGCUUGACGACGUGUUUUCGUACGUCGCCAACUUCGAGCUGCCAACCUUCACGCUGCCAGCCGUGAGCGUGGAGGUGCCGGCCCUGCGGCUGGCACUGCCCACGGCGGUGACGCUGCCGGCGUUCGGCAGCCUCGUCGGCAGCGCCAAGGUGCAGUCACCCGUCUACAACGUGACGUGCUCGUACAGCUCGUUCGGCGGAGAGGACCCCGACGCAUUGCUCAUCAUCGACGCCACGGCCAGCUCCACGCUGCGCUUCCUGGAAUUCGACGUGGAUGUCAAGUCCAAGAUCUCACCCAAGGAGGACGGCAGAGAGAUGAGAACUCAAGCAAGCCUCUCCCACCCUGAGCUCACCGUAGAGUUCCUGGAAGUCCUGACCUUCUCUGACAGCGACACCAGUGAGAUGUACGAGGCGACCAUCGAUUUGCUGAGCCCCUCUCUGACGGACGCGAGCAUGCGCUUGAGCUACGGCAACGCGCGAGCGCGCAUGUCCAUGUCAUCGCCCUCGCUCGGCUUCCUGGGCUUCGUGGCCGAAAGGCAGAGCCCGCAGGUGCUGAGUGCGCAGGUGUACGCCCGUGACACGGCGUCGCCGGAGUCGGACGUGCAGCUGGCGCUGCUGACGCUGUCGCUGAACACCCCCGACAUCCUGGGCGUGGAGUCGCACUGGAAGGGGGGCAUGGCUCACGACGCCGCCUCUCUGGUGCGCCGCAGCGCCCCACGUGCCGCCCGCAGCCUCUACAGCGUCGUCGACAAGUACCACACGGAGCACCUGGGACUCACGUUGGAGGAGUUCCCAUCACGGGCACAGGAGUCGCUCGACGCCUCCAAGGAAAAUCUGCGCUCGGCGAUCCUCAGGGCCAGGGAAGCGGUGGGGCCCAUUCCUGAUAGACUACGCAGCCUCAUCCAGGAGCUCUUGGGCAAGGUGGGGGUCUUCGCCGAGCAGAUGCAACUCAACCUCGUGACCGCCAUCCGCAGCAUCCAGGAGGGCGUCCGCCCGUUGCUUCGGCAGCUGGCUAAGAGGGCGUCGGACCUCGUCGCGAGGAUCGACGCAGGCCUGAAGGACGGCUUCGAGAAGGCCAGUGAAGCCCUGGAGGUCUCCGCCAAGUGGCUGAAGCAGACGCGGCUUCAGAUCGCCGGCUCCAGCAAGUACUACACGGUGGAGCGCCUCUUCAGCUCCGCGCUGCAGGUCACCACUGAAGCCGGGGAAGCCAUCCUCCAGGCACUGCAUGUGGCAUACCGCAACCUGCACUUCCAGUUGUACCACCUCGAGUUCCGCGAGCCAUUCGCGGGCCAACUGGUGAAGGGCUCCGACCUGCUGGCGACAUUGGAAAGCUCCAUGGAAUACGCGGCGGACCGCGCCGCGCUCGCCUACCAGAGCCUGGAUGUGAAGGCCGCGUACCGCGACGCUUACUCCAAGGCGAGCUCCCUCGCGGACGACACGAAGCGUGCGUACGCCUCUGCCGUCAACUACGACUAUGCCGCCGGCGCCUCAAGGGCCAUGCUGAGCCUGCGCGAUACGGAACAGCUGCGCCACAUCCACCAGAUGACGCAGGAGUUCUUCGUCUUGAUCGGCGACGUCGUGAAGGCGACGCUCGACGAGCUCACCCGUUAUUUCAACGGCAUCGUGGAAACCGCCCGCACCAUUCAGCGCAAGUACCUCGAGGGCACCGCACUGGACUUGAACCUCAAGUACUGGGAGGUGGAGGAGCGCGCGGUGGCGCUCAUCCGGACCGUCCUCGACUACUUCCGCCAGAUGGGACCCAAGUACUACCAGGACGGCCUGUCGCUGGUGCGCGAGCUGGCAAACGAGCUGACCGAGGUCGCCAGCGCGAUCAACCUGGACCGCCCGGAGAAGAUGGGCGCCAAGGCGAUGGAGCUGUUGGUGCAGGCCAAGCGCGUGGUUGAGCGCUUCGUCGUGGCCACCACGGCCAAGCUGGGCGAGGUGUCGGCGAGCACCGGCGAGCGGGCGGUGCGGCUCUCGGCCGAGGCGCGCGAGCGAAUCCGGGAGGCGUACGAGCGCUUCGCUGAGUCCUACGACGGGCUGCUGGAGCGGGCGUCGCGAGCCCUCGACUCGUCGCUCGAGCGCUACGCCGGCCUCGCCCGCUCGCUCGUCGAGUUCCUGCGCCGGCUGCCGCGCGCCGUCUCGGGCGCCCUCGCCGACUACGCGGUGGCGCGGCCGGGCCGCCUGUCGCUCCGGCUGCCCCAGGGCGUCGUGUCGUGGCGCUCGUUCGACGAGCUGCCCCGCCUCAGGGACGAGGCGGUGAGCGGCAUCAACAGCACGGUGGCCAUCGGGCGGCAGAUCAUCAACGAGCGGCUGGCGCAGACGCGCGCGCUCAUCAGCGCCAACCUGGCCGUCCUCGAGAUGACCAUGGCGGACGCCAUCCCCAAGCUGCGCCAGGGAGUGAACGAUGCGAAGGCGAUCGUUGACAACGCGCUGUGGUUCGCGAUGGACCCCACCGUCUACAUAGGCCUGCCCACGCUGGACGACUUUCCCCCGUUCAAAGCGUCGGCCAUGGUCUUUGCGGACGGCGACUACAUGGUAACGUUCGACGGCCGCGUCGUCGAGACCCCUCAGCUGCCGGGCGGCCGCUGCGCCUUCCUGCUGGCGCACGACUUCCUCGACCAGAACUUCACCCUCGUCAAGCUGCAGGGCUUCAUCGCCCUGCGCCUGCCGACCACCGUCCUCUACAUGACCUCCGCCGGCGCCGUCUCCGUCGACACGCCGUCCAACAAGGUCAACAUCCCGUACGUCGACGGGACGUCCGGCGUGAGAGUCACCCGCGAGGGCGACCUCGUGCUGGUGGAGACGAGCGCCGGGGCGGGCGUGCGUAUCGACACGGUGCGCCGCACCUUCCUCUUCGAGCUCAGCGGCUGGUACCACGGGCGCACCAUGGGCCUGUUGGGCACCAACGACCACGAGCCGACCACCGACAUGAUGAUCUCGAACGGGUACCAGGCAUCGGACACGGCGGCGUUCUUCUCCUCGUGGGAGAUGACGGGAGCGAGUGAGUGUGCCUCGGUGCGCGUCGUCCCAUCCUCUCGCCGGCAGCUUUCCUCGCCACGGUGCAAACACCUCCUGGACAAGAUGAACACGAGCUCUCCGUUCAACCCCUGUUUCAAAGAGCUGGAUCCAUCAGAGUUCCUGAGCCUGUGCCAGAAGGGCAGCGACAUCUGCCCCACUUCCACCGCCUACCGCAUGCUCUGUGAGCAGAAGGGCGUCGACCUCUCAAACCCGGAUGACUGCGCUCGCUGCAACAAGAAGAGGCUGCAGGACCUGUGGAUGGUAAAUGGCGCGCCCAGCGCAGACGUGCUGUUCGUGAUCGACCAGAGCAACAGGCUGCAGCAGGCCAAGGUCAAGGGGCUGCUGCAGGCAGUGGAUGAAAGCCUCUCCGCGCAGGGCAUCAAGGACGCGCGCUACGGCCUGGUGACGUUCGGUGGCAAAGAUAGCGACGGGCGGGCCCAGGUGAACGCGGUGCGCGGCGAGGUGUGGACCUCCGCGACCAACAUGAAGAGGGCCCUCGGCGGCCUGGAGUUCACGGGGGCCAGCGGCACGCCGGCGUACGACGCGCUCGUGGCGGCCGCCGGAUACGACUUCCAGCCCGAGGCGGCGCGCCUCGUGGUGCUCGUGGCCGAGUCGGACCAGGUGGCAUCCUUCCUGUCGUCCGUGGACCUCGCCAACGUCGACCACCUGCUCAAGAGCAACGGCGUCGUGCUGAGCGUGCUCAGCGACUACCGCGCGCUCCGCAAGUCCGGUGGGGCCAAGUCGGCGCUCGUGGGCCUGACCGGCGACGGGCAGCCAAUCUCGGGCAAGGGCGGCCCGUGGGCGGGCGGCGAUGACGAGGUGGUGCCGCUGCCCCGCGGCGACUACGUCAAGCUCGUCCGCUCCACCAACGGAGCCGUGUUCAGCGUGGACGCACUGCGCACCGACGUGGACGCCGCGGCCGUGGGCCAGGCGAUCGCCGGCUACGCGGGCCGCAACGUGGCGCAGCGCAAGGAGUGCUCGUGCGUACGCAACGAGCACGGCCGCGGCAAGGUGCGGUGCCGCUACGCGUCGUAAGCAAAGGAGGAAGCGUUCCCCAACACCGCCGCCGCCGCCGCCGCCGCCAACGCUGCCGCCGCCACCACCAACGCAAUAACAGAGAGCGACGGUGACAUCCAUCCAUUGAUAGGCACCUAUCCGUUUCCGACAACGAAGAAUACAAACAAAAUCUAUCGCCGAAUAUUUGUUUUUGCAAAGCGAUUCCUCGCGGAUGAAAUGCCGCACCGCGCCUUUAGUUCAUGGGUUUUCCCCCGGUCGCGAGCCGUCACGGCCCAUCUCUUCAAGGUUAACCGAGUCUCGCUUCGUCCUAAAAUGUUAAAUUGUCAACGCGCGAUGCCGCACACGCGGCCCGAUGAACGCCGAUAAUGUCACGCCACCCCCCCCCCCCCCCCCCCCGCUGGGCGUAGAGAACGCCACGGCUUUUUACGCAGCUCCGAGGGCGUCGAGGAAAAACAAAAAAAUACGAAACGAAAAUAGCCGCGUGUCUACAUCGCGUGGAGAGCCUUCGACGAUCGCCGGGUUGAACGCGGCGUGCAAUCGCUGCACGAAUUGAACGAGGAAAUGCGUGCCAUCGCGGCCUCCGCCGAGAAUUGCAAUUCGCGAAGCCCUUAGAGUUCGUGUCACGUGAGAGUUUUUUUCUGGAGGUGCGAGGGAUGUAACGGUGGCUUGAAACGUGUUUUGAAGGCCCUGUAAAGAGAGCACGAGGCGGCCUAAGAGUGCAUUCACAAGUUUUCGUGUGUUUGGAAAAUGUAAUUUUUUUCGACCAUUUUAUAUAUUUUUUUGGGCCUAAUUCUUGAUGGAUGAUGCGGUCUGUAUUCCUAGAGGAGUGUGCGGGAAGUGUUUAUGCAAAUUAUAACAACAACAAAAACUGCUGCUUUUAAAUUGAAGAAUAAAGACGUUUUUAAAUAAUUACCCGUAAAGGUGUACCUCGUUUAACACACAUGAAGACGCAAUAAAAAAACCUUCCGUUUCUUUCAUAUAUUCUGAACACCGUAACAAAUACAUGUAUUAGAAGCGACGCAAACCUUUUACGUCAUCGAAAAACAAAAACUCAACACAUUUGUCAAUGCCACCCUUGUUGUGCCAUGAAGAAGGCCCAUUGCCCGAAACGUCACCUGUUAUAGACUUCGUGUCCUUUUAAGGGCACACAGGGUUGUUAUUGGCGAUCGUGUUGAGUUGUGAUUGUUAAUUGUGCGGCGUGCACCUCUGCCAACGCAGCAGCAGCACAAACGUAAUUUGCCUUUCUAUGUAACCAGAUCAGUAAUCGAAUUACAUGUCAAUUUAACCUUACAGGUAAUAUUAAAUAAAGCAAAUCUUUGACGAGAAAUUUGA